GCUCUUGAACGCUUCCGCGUGGCUCGUCAGCGCUUCCUGUGCGUCAGUAACUCGGCGCGAGUCGGUAACCAGAAUCAGCAUGUUAUUCAUCAGUAACAGGGUUAAAUUCUGUUCGCUGGCGUUCACCGCGGCGCGCAUGUACGCCACCGGAGCUCAAGCCAACAACAACCCGGUGGUGUUCUUCGACAUCGCGGCGGACAACGAGCCGCUCGGUAGAGUCACCUUCGAGCUGAAUGCGGAUGUUGUGCCCAAAACAGCAGAGAACUUCCGCGCUCUGUGCACAGGUGAACACGGAUUCGGAUACAAGGGCUCCAUCUUCCACAGAGUGAUCCCACAGUUCAUGUGUCAGGGAGGAGAUUUCACGAACCACAAUGGAACUGGAGGAAAGUCCGUCUACGGUCCGAGAUUUCCGGAUGAGAAUUUCAGACUGAAACACACCGGACCAGGUAUUCUGUCGAUGGCUAACGCCGGACCCAACACCAACGGAUCCCAGUUCUUCAUAUGCACCGUCAAAACAGAGUGGCUGGACGGGCGGCACGUGGUGUUCGGCAGCGUUAAAGACGGGAUGGAUGUGGUGAGGAAGGUGGAGGCGCUCGGCUCUCGCUCGGGAAGAACCGCUAAGAGGAUCAGCGUCACCGACUGUGGAGAGCUCAAGUAGAUUCACGAGUCGAGACACAUGCUUCUACCGUCCUGCUGCAGAUUCAGAGACUACUCCACGUUCUUAAUGUGAAACUCAGACACUUUCGGGUUAGAGGAAUAGUCUUUAUUUACUCGCUCUCGUGUCUUUUCAAAGCUGUGUGACGUUAAACAUUUCAUGCAACACAAAUGGUGUUCUUUUUUUCAUUUGACAACAACUUAAAGUGACCAGAAAGGCUGCAUGAAAGCACUUGUGCAUUACGUUUAGAGUCUUCCGGAAGUCAUGCACUUUUAAAGUCGUGGUCUUGUGCAGAAAAAUAGAUUAUUAUUUUAUUAUUAUUUUGCUCCAAGGAAAAAAACACAUUUUACAGGUUUAAAAUUAACACAAGAACGACUAAAUACUGUCAUUUUUACAUGCAUUAUUCCUUUACAGUAACAUCCACUGUGAAUAAAUAUAAUUUUUAACAUCAUUCUCAGGUAAAAACUGUUUAAUCUGGACUGACUGCUUGAGAUUAUGAAUUAUGGCCAGUGUGUUUCAGUAUUUGUCACCUGAGUUUGAUUAAUAAAGCCGAGAGCAAUAAGACAUGA